CUUGUCACGUGACCUGAACCUCGCAGGAGCCCAUACAGUCUAUGCUUUACCGUGCGCUGUCACCUGGAGUCUUCUCAUGUGAACACAGAUGCAGUGUCCUGGCGUGUGUAAGAGGAAGCUCCUUUUCUCUGCAUCUCUGUGUGGUAGGUAUAACUGCCACGUAUAAUGAUGAUCUUGAGGGAAGGACUUUGUCCUGGACUUACAGCUGAUAUUAUUUCUGUACUGAAAAAGAACCAUGUAAGAACAGUGGUUGAUUUGGUAGCAGCUGAUUUAGAGGAGCUUGCAAGGAAAUGCUCUCUUUCAUACAAGACCCUUGUGGCUGUGAGACGUGUGCUGCUUGCUCAGUACUCUGCCUUCCCGUCCAAUGGAGCAGAUUUAUAUGAAGAGCUGAAGGCUUCGACAGCAAUCCUUCCAACUGGUAACAAGAAGCUAGACAUCCUCUUGGAUUCAGGACUAUAUACAGGAGAAGUCACUGAGAUUGCAGGGGCUCCUGGCAGUGGUAAAACACAGAUGUGUCAGAGCAUUGCUGUAAAUGUAGCCACCAGCUUACAACAGAGAGUGUGUUACAUAGACACCACUGGAGGGCUGACUGGCACUCGUCUUCUGCAGUUAAUUCAGUGCAAGGCACAGAAGGAGGAUGAACAGGUUGCAUCCCUUGAAAUAAUUCAGGUGAUCCACGUGUUUGAUGCAUAUAAACUUUUAGAUGUACUGCAAGACCUGAGACACAGUUUUUCCCAACAGCUGCUACGAUCUGGAAAGACGCUGAGACUUGUGGUGGUUGAUUCAGUGUGUGCUGUAAUAUACCCGCUGUUGGGCGGCAAACAGACAGAAGGAAUGGCAGUUAUGAUGUAUCUGGCGAGGGAACUACAAACCCUUGCUCAUGAUUUCAGCUUAGCUGUACUUGUUACGAAUCACAUUACCAGAGAUGGAUCAACUGGUUUUCGUCCUGCAUUAGGCCGCUCGUGGAGCUUUGUGCCCAGCACUCGAAUUCAGAUACAAAGAGAUGAGAGAAACAAGCAGAGUGGAAAUCGUUUAAUGUCAUUGGUCAAAUCUUCUCGACAGCCCACUAAUCUACAGGUGGAAGUUGAGAUUGGACCUUGUGGGAUUUUUGAGGAGAAUGUGACCACCGCUUCUGGAUCAUGAUUUCAUCAGGACUGCCAAUUAGUAUUGAAGUUAAAGGGAACCUGUCAGCGGCAAAAGCCAUCCCACCCGCCAGCAGUACCUUCAAGUAGCCGGCAGUGAGUUUCUAAUGAUGAUUUUCUUACUGCAUUCAGAUGAGGCAGAAGU